GAGGUGUACGGAAGCCCAUAUCUACACUACCGAGUGUACAUACAUCUCGCGCCCCGCGUCUUGCCGCUCUGCCUUCAAAUCCUCUCCGCCUUCUGACUUCCAUCCCGUCCACACGACAUCGCCAUAUAUAAGCCCGUGGCUGCACCUGCGCAACUGUCUCCGCCUCCAUUUUUCUUCGUCUACAUCCUCUCCACAAUGCCGAUGGUUACCGCCGAUAAGGAUUUACCCAAGUUACUCGACACCCCCGCGAAGCAGGUCAAAUGGGCAAAGAAAUUAGUCGCCGAGCAUCUGAACAGUGCCGCAACGCGCAUUGAUAAGCCUCCUAUGCAGGGAAUGUUCAGCAGGACCCUAUUCGUUACCCUCGCUGAUAGCCGUGAGGUAGUUGUACAAUUUCGUACCGAACCGCUUGACGUUAACGCGUUCAAGAUCGCCAAGGUAGCGCUGGGUUCGUUUGUCCCAGAUGCUGAAGCUCUCGGCAAUGAAGAGUUAGAGAGCGCCGGUGCCUGGGCUUACUUCCUUACCCUUAUGCCCGGCACGAUAUGGCACCGUGGAGUCGCUGGAAAGGGAGCCGAAGGACGUAUUGCCGUCAAUAAGUCAUUAGGCCGCGUCUUUUCGAAGGGCUUUCUCGCCGACAACAGUCAUGAAGCUAUCGAAACUAAGCUUCGACCGCACCUAGACGCCAUCUUAGCGUCGCCGUUAAAAGAUAUCCUCCCCUAUAAAGCGACUAUUGAGAGCUUCGCUAAGAGGCUUGAUGAGUUUGCCCAGCUCCCGCUAUGGGUUUCCCAUUACGACCUUAACGACGUAAACGUACUCAUCAACGAGAAAUGCGAGGUUACUGCUUUGGUCGACUGGGAAUUAUCUACUCCGCUGCCUUUCGGGGCCGGCUUUGGCCGUAUCCAUACCAUUGCCGGUGAAUAUACCGGAGGCGAGUUCUGGAUGCCGGAUGAAUUCGAGGUUGCGGAAAGAGGCUUUUGGACGGAAUUAUUCGACGGAAUGCCCGAAUAUAUUCGAAUGCUACUGGAAAAGCGCAUUAACCUGGUCCAGGAUGUUGUUAUACUUGCGACCUUGCUAAGUUGCUUCUUCUUUGAGGAUGGGAAGGUCGGUAUUAGUCAGGUUGCCUUAAAGGCACUUCCGAAACAUAUGACCUAUCGAAUCCCUUUUGUCCGAGGGCAGGAGCAGCCGUAUAGAGAAUAAUAUGAAGUCAGGAUAGAAUGUGAAGAGGAUAGAAAUAGCUGAGAUCUAAAUCUAAAGGCACGUGGCAAGCAAAAUGCUACCCUAGGUAGCUUAAUAGCUAUAGGGAUAUAUGAUCUAUUACGUAGAUCGGGAGAGCUACGUAGGCACUGAGGUUGCUUCUUGGGAGCAACGGAAAGUGGGAAGAAGAGAGUGAAUUGACU